UGACAUGUCAAAGUUCAGUCAGUCGAAAGGUGUGGAGUGUAAACGGAUUUUACACUAAUUCGAUGUUCUCACCGUAUCAAUAAUUAGUCCGUUAUAAAUGUUGUAUUAGUGUGUUGUUUUAAUGAAAUCAACGUUUGAUUUCUAAAUUAAAUUAGUUCUAGUUUACAAAAUGGCUUCUGGAGAUACAAUCGAAACUAUUCAAACUGUAGAUACAAUUCAAAUAACGAAUAUGAACAGCUCCAAGGAUGGCUCUGUUUAUAGAAAAACAUCAGAAUCGGAGGAAAUUGAUGACAAAGACGACAAUUCCAUCGCCUACAGGAGCAUACAAGACAUUAGUCAGAAGAAUUCUCAAGACAACAAACCGAAAAAUGAACGCGAAAGAAAAAUCGGUCACAGGAGGGUGGGCGUGGGCGGUGAGAUUACCUAUAAGAAAAUCCAGACAACGCAGAUCAUGGGAUCGAUACAAUUAGGCAUUCAGCACGCCGUCGGCGGGCUGGCGUCGAAGCCCGAAAGAGACCUGCUCAUGCAAGACUUCAUGACGGUGGAGACGACGAAUUUUCCGAGAGAAGGGUCUAAUCACACUCCGGCGCAUCAUUAUUCCGAAUUCAAAUUCAAAAAUUACGCUCCCAUAGCCUUCAGGUAUUUCAGGGACCUGUUCGGCAUCCAGCCCGAUGACUUUUUGAUGUCGAUGUGUAAUUCGAGAUUGAGAGAAUUAUCGAAUCCAGGCGCCAGCGGUUCCAUAUUUUACGUAACCCAGGAUGAUGAGUUUAUAAUUAAGACUGUUCAGCAUAAAGAAGGGGAGUUUUUGCAAAAAUUGUUAGCAGGUUAUUAUAUGAAUUUGAAUCAGAACCCUAGGACCUUGUUGCCCAAAUUCUUCGGGCUCUAUUGUUAUCAGUGUAAUAGUAAAAACGUGAGACUGGUAGUCAUGAAUAAUUUAUUACCGAAUAGCAUAGUAAUGCACCAAAAAUAUGAUCUGAAAGGCAGUACCUACAAAAGAAAGGCUUCUAAGGCCGAGCGGGCGAAACGAGUGCCCACUUACAAAGAUCUGGAUUUCAUCGAACACCACCCGGACGGGAUAUUCAUGGAGGCGGACACGUACAACGCUUUAACGAAGACGAUCCAAAGGGACUGUAGGGUACUGGAAAGCUUCAAAAUAAUGGACUACAGUUUGCUCUUGGCCAUUCACAAUUUGGAUCAGGCGCAGAAAGAGAAAAUGGAGAGGAAAUCUCAGAUGAAUCUGGACAGAUUGCACGUGGAAGGCGAGCUGGGCGACGUCAGCACGCGCAUGAUCCGCGAAGAAAUGGAGAGAGAGAAAGAAGACAGAAUGGCCGCCGCUGGUGCGCUGAACAGAAGUAGGUCGAUUAAUAGGCAAAGGCUGGUCGCACAUUCCACUGCUAUGGAGAGUAUUCAGGCUGAAUCGGAACCCAUCGAUGAAGACGACGAUACACCACCUGGCGGUAUACCUGCAAGGAACGGCCAAGGAGAACGUCUUCUUUUAUACGUUGGAGUUAUAGAUAUAUUGCAGAGCUAUAGGUUAAAGAAAAAGUUGGAACACACUUGGAAGUCUAUGAUUCACGACGGUGACACCGUCUCCGUGCAUAGACCGAGUUUUUACGCUCAGAGAUUCCAGAAAUUCAUGUCUCAAACCGUGUUUAAAAAGAUCCCAUCGCCCCUAAAGCAUUCGCCCUCGAAAAGAAAAUCGCUCUCGAGACCGAUGGGUCGGCACGAGGAGACGAACGAACGUGAAACUACUGCACAGGUGAAAGGGAAUAAUACGGUUCAACAAAACGGCGGCAAAAGCGGUAUAGCGCCGAGUUGCUGCAGUACACCACCGCCGACAUACGAAGGCCUCGAGGACGAGCCGUCUCACGUGAGACUAGCGAUGGGGGCGGCGUCUUCACUACCCUCUCACGUGCAUUCUAGUUCACACGCAUCUUCCACCGCUCAGUCGUACGCUUCUCUACAUCACAUCGCCGUGAGAAAUUACAAAGACGACGCUGUCAGUUAUAGCGACAUAAAAUUAGAAUCUCGACCGGAGAACAAGUCGUCGACGCUAAGCGUCGAGUCGGGCAGUUCAGGUGCGGGUGGGCACUCGAGUCAUUCCAGGGGGCUGGCGUGGACGCCCCCGACGUCCGUUGAAGGCUCCACUCCGACCUGGACUGAAGGUACACCCUCUUUUACCGAAUCAUCAAGUAGUGGAGAUAUGGGUUGUCCAACAACUCCCUUGCGACAAACAACUCAUGUGUCUACUAAGUCCCAUCACAAAAAAACUGUGGAGCAUGCUAUCAAUUGUCUUACCACUGAAAUGAAUUCUUCCAUAUUAACGGAGCCCUCGCGGCCGAGAAAGUAACAGCAUACUUUGGAAAAAGUUGCCAGGAAACGUUACAGCGCUAGGCCUUGUUGUGGUGGCUUAUCGUCCAUCGAAAAGGGAAAUUUUCCAGCUGCAGAUUGUGAGCGUUCGUCGGCAUUUUUUUUCGAGGAAAAUCCGCCUGGAGCGCCCCGUGAACUAACUAGAAACGCUGGUGUUUUUGUGAAGCUUUAAUAUCAAUGUACAAAUUUGGUGGCACGUUUUGUUGUAAAUUUACGCUGCAGAUAAACCGUGAUGGGUGCCGUAUUGUUCUAUGUAAACCUGUCACCUUUUACCUGCUACAAAUAUAAAUAUAUGCAGAUACGUUUA